UUUAAUUUUCAUAAUUAUUUGAUGAUUACUUUUCGGGACUUUGCAUGCUAUCGAAGAAUAAUACUUUUGGCGCCAUCCGUCGGCUGCUUUGGGAACUUCUUACAUAUACAAAUUUAUAGAAACAAUAUACAAAUAUUAUAGAAAUAUUAUAGAAAUAAAGAAAUUAUUACUGAGUGAUUUUGUUGAUCGUGAAUAUUAAAUGACAAAUACUUUAAAUUAAUCACAUUUAAUUCUUGCUAAACAAUUAUAAAAACAAGAAAUUGAAUCAAAUAACUGAGGGAUAAAAGCAAUAUAUGAUAGCAAUUAUCACUUUGCAAACAAGCAGAUCGAGAAUUGUCCGUGACGAAAAAAGGAUUGCAGAUAUAAUGUGUCUAUAGAGUUCUGAUUUUGUGAUAUUAUACGCUUUGACUGAUUUUUCUUUGUAAUAAUGAAACGCUAAAGGGGAACACAUUGUGCAAAUUCAACUUCUUCAAGUCAAAAAAAGAUUUCAGCAAACCAAAGGUUGUUUCCUUUAAGCAUGAUGUAUUAUCGUAGUAUGCAUCGUCCUGUCGAAACUCAUAGCUCUGUUUGGAACUUCCUUUUAAAUCGUGAGUAUUAUGAAUCAUUAUUUAUGUUACUGCAUACUUAUAUUUCGCGCGCAUAUCAUUCAUGAUACGCAUGCACAUGUGGCUACAGCGCAUGCGCGUGUGGUCACGAAGUAUACUUAUGUCGCUACAUUUCGUUGGUAUGAUUUCUUAACCUAAAUAAUCGUCAACUUUAAUGAUGAUAGGGAAAAUAAUUUAGAAACGUGAAUCAUCAGAGAAGAAAGAGGACCUGUGUCAUAUAACCCAGGGGAGAUUGAAGACACAUAGCUGGAGGAAAGAUUCAGCGCUCUUCAUCCGGAGGGAAACAAUAAAAAAAAAGAAAAAAAAUGAUCAAUAAUCUUUAAUGAUCAAUAUCUCGCUUUACGGGGUAGAGCGACGCUUAUUUCUGCCGGAUUCUUUCGUUUCAUGCAAAAACGCGUCGAAUGAAUCUAAUUUUAUUCAUAUUUUAGAUGAGGAGUCUAAACUAUAUAAUCACUCUCUUUUUUUUGAAUUAUAAUAGCUUUAGAAAUGAAUGUAAUUACUGAAUCUGAAAAGAAACGCUUGCAAUCCUUAAAGGAAAAGGAACAAGCGUUUAAAGCGAAGAAACAACUUAUACAACAAGCAUUAAGAAAUUUGGAUAAUACGACGAAUAAUAAGAAAAUUAUAUUUGAUGAUGAUUUUUGUGAGCAACAACAACAAAGUUCAAAUUUAAAAAGAAAAAAGACAGAUUUAUUUGAUAGUGAUGAUAAUGAUGAAAAGGAUUGUCUGUGGAACGAAGAUGAGUUUAAUGCCAACAAAAAGAAAAAGAUGACUCUUGGCAAUGACGCACGAUUUACUCUAGAUGAUCGUUUUGUGGAAGACAAUUGUCAGACUGAAGAAACUGAAGCUAUUGAAAAUAGCAAUGAAUGUGAUUUGCAGAAAGAGAAGGAAAAGCAAUUGGAUAUUUUAGAAGGUAUUUUAGGAACACCACUUAUAGUGAAAAGCCAAGAAAACAAAACCACUAAUAUUUGCAGGAAAGGAUUGAUGAUACGAUAUGAUCCAACUGAAAAUGGACAUUGCGAAUAUGAGGUAAAACCUACUGCACAACCGAAAACUAAGGAUAAAAAUGCCAAAAAGAAGAAACAUGAUAAAUCUGCGCUAGAAAUUGAAGAAUCUGCACUUCCAGAACCAGAAAUAUCGAAGGAUAUUUAUUAUACUGUAUCGGAUACCUUGACAGAAAGCUUGAAACAAAAAGGAGAAUUUAGUUUGUUAAAAACACAUGGGAAGAAAGAAAAUGAUAUAGAAAAUCUUAAAGAUCAUGUCACGUCUACAGUGGAAAAUGACAUUCAAAGAUUUAAAUUUAAUUUUAAUGGAAAUAAUGCAUUUAAAUAUGAUUCAUCUAAUGAUGAAGAUACACAUGAAAUACCAGAUAUAGAUAAUCAAAUGAUAGAUGAAGCUAAAAAAGAUAUUCAUCAAAAUAGCCUGUUUGGUUAUAAAGAUACUCUAUUUUUUGACACUGAUGAUGUACGAUUUAAUGAGGCUGUAAAAUUCUUCAGUACAAGUUCUACUUCAAACGAUCAGUUCAAUAAUUUAAGACGCGAGCUGAAAACGAUCGUACGUACAAAGAUUCGUAAUAAUGAAAGGAAAAAUCAGCGAAAAAGAAAAAUAAAAAAAUUUCAUUAAUAAAUAUUUUUCUAUCGUUUUUGAAUGUUACAUUUAUAAAAAUUUAAUAAAUGUAAAAUUUUUGAAUGUUACAUUUAUAAAAAUUUAAUAAAUGUAAAAUUUUAAUCCAUACUAAUAUUAUUUUAAAUGAAUAAUAAAAUUUCUAUUAUUUAUGUUCUAUUAUUAAUUAUUUUACAAAUUUUUAAUAAAUUUGUUAAAAGUAAUCACUUCGUAUAAAAAUCAUUGUUACGAAAACUUAUGCGUAUAAAAAUAUGUUGUAACAAUUAUAAAUUUUUCACGAAUGAUAAUAUUUUUAUGAAUUUUUAUGAAAUGUAAAACUUUUUAUAUAGAAAAGAAUUAAUACAGCAAAGAUAUAAAAGUAUUAUCAAAUUUUUUAUUGUUUUUUUAAUCACACUAGAAAAUCUUCCAUUAUUAUAUAUUAUAAUGUAUUAAUGCUAAAACACGAAUUUUCUUUCCCUUUGGAACAUUGUAUUCUAAUGUCUGUAUAAUAAAAGAUACAUCCAUUUA